UUCCCUGGGCCGUCAAAACAAAAACAGCAGCCACACACAGGCGGUAGCUAAUGUCAGUGAGAGAUACUGCCGUAAGAUAUCAUUGUGCUGUGUCACCAUGCUACUGAAAUCAUGUUGUAUUUACAGCACCGGGGUUUUUUCCAUCCUUGUUUUGAUCUCGGGAAUUGUUUUGGCCUUGUCUAACGUGUUCCCGCAUUUCCUACAGUCGGUGGUUGAAAAGGAAGUAGUUUUGAAGAAUGGCACCGAGGCUUUUGAGGCCUGGGAGAAUCCACCGGCCCCUAUUUACAUGCAGUUUUACUUCUUCAAUCUGACCAACCCUCUGGAAGUGCUGGAUGGAGACAGGCCUGCUGUGGUGGAGAUUGGUCCAUAUACUUACAGAGAGUACCGGCCCAUGGAGCAAGUGGACUUCCAUGAUAAUGGAACCAAAGUUGCAUCUGUCAACACUAAGACCUACAUAUUUCAACGUAACAUGUCCCGAGGUCCAGAGAGUGAACUCAUCAGGACGGUCAACAUCCCCGCAAUGACGGUGAUGGAACAAUUCAAGGACAACCUAAUUAUGGCCAAUCUGAUCUCCUCCUACAUGAAGGGCACCGGUGAAGGCUUGUUCACCACCCACACAGUGGGAGAGCUGCUGUGGGGAUAUGAAGACGGCCUGCUCAAAGCCCUCAAAACUCUAAAACCUGACCUGGAUGAUGUUUUCGGACUCUUCUAUAAGAACAAUGCUUCCAACGAUGGUGAAUAUGUCUUCUUCACUGGCCAGCAAAACUACAAGGACUUUGCCAGAGUGGAUACGUGGAACAGUGAAAGCACGCUGAGUUGGUGGACAUCUGAUGAGUGCAAUAUGAUCAAUGGAACCAACGGAGCAUCUUUCCAUCCGGUCAUCACCAAGAAUGAGACUCUCUACAUGUUCUCCUCUGACCUGUGCAGGUCUCUGUACGCUCUGUAUGAGGAGGAUGUGACGGUAAAGGGGAUCCCUGGGUACCGCUUCAGUCCCCCUAGCGAGGUUUUUGCCAAUAAGACCCUGAACCCAGCAAACGCAGGCUUCUGUGUCCCCGCUGAUAACUGCCUGGGCUCUGGCGUGCUGAAUGUCAGCCCAUGUAAACAAGGAGCUCCCAUCAUAAUGUCUUCACCACACUUCUACCAGGCUGAUGAGAAAUAUGUUCAGGAUGUAUUUGGCAUGAAGCCUCAGAAAGAGCAGCAUCAGACUACGAUUGAUAUCCAUCCGCUCACAGGAAUCAUCCUACAAGCCGCAAAGCGGCUCCAGGUCAACGUGUUUGUUGAGCAAAUUCCCACCUUCAGUCAAACAGGAAAUGCGAGGACAGUGAUCCUCCCUGUGGUUUAUCUCAAUGAGAGCGUCGUCAUUGAUGACACGUCUGCCAGGAAGCUGCAGAAGAUCAUUGUCGAGCAGAACGUCGUGGUGAACAUUCCGUUCAUGCUGAUCGGUCUAGGCAUCAUUCUGGGAGGAGUCUUCAUGUUCCUGAUGUGUCGACAGAAGGUCCCCGGGAGCACUGAAGCUGAACGACAGCCCCUGAUCUCGUCAUAACACCAAACAGUAUGUAAAGAGAAAGAGGAUCGCCAUAUUUGCAGUAGAAUUUCACAUUUCAUGGGUUCAACGGAUCUGCCAUUUUUUGCCAUUAACACCAAAGUAAUAGUUUCCAUUAUGCACAACAAUUCCACAUUUUAAUCAGUUUUUUUAAUCCAACGGUUUUAGGAAACAAAGUGAAAAGGUUUGUUACAGGGAUGUUGUUAAUGUCUUCCUUACAAGUCAGUUGUAAUGAAACCAAAUAUAUACCCCCUUUUUUAAAGUAAAUCUUAAGUAUUUUUAUUUUUUAAUUUAUGGGAUUUUGGAUUGAAACAACAUUGAUUUAAUAGAUUAAAUCAACUACAAAAUGUAAUCUGAAUUCUCUUGAGGGUCAGCUCUGAACCAAUCAAACCUACAGGAAUUUAAGUGAAAGUGAUUAACCAUAGCCCAUAUUUAUGAGUGAAACUGCUGCUUUUAUAUAUAUAUGUGUGUGUGUGUGUGUGUGUGUGUGUGUGUGUGUGUGUGUGUGUGUGUGUGUGUGUGUGUGUGUGUGUGUGUGUGUGUGUGUGUGUGUGUGUGUGUGUGUGUGUGUGUGUGUACGUGACCAUAAAAUGAAUGAUGAAGGAAUUACUUUCAGCUUGUUUUGUUUUUUGAAAUGGGCCAGUUAUCAGUUUUUAGGUCUGGUGAGACUGUUGGUGCAUCAACAAGAAGAAAGUUUAUACAGCUGUUUUAUGCAAGUGACAUUUUCUUCUUUCACAUCAACAUUUCACUUUUUUUGUAUUGUCACAAAAAAAUAAGCAGUGCAAGCUCUGCAAAACAACUGCAUAAUGUUUUAUUACUGAUGUCAUGAAUCUGUACAGAACUCAGCCUCCUUUUAAAACCAUGUACUGUCCUGUUACCCUCAGUGGAAAUCAAGUUAUCCACAAUAUAUAAAUACUAUAAUGUGGAAUUCACAUCCAAAAGUAUUAAACAUUAUCAGUAUAAAGGGAAAGAUUUUUGUCUGGUGUGCAGUACGAUAUCUUCUUUGCCCUGAUUCAAAUACUUUGCCAUAUAUGUGAUAUUUUGAAUUUUCUACUGAUAUCCUAAAAUCCAUGUAUGAACAGCUUUAUGUUAGUGACACUACUGAUGAAUAUGUUGACAAAUAGAAAAUUGUGUUAUUCCUUCUAACCACUAGGAAUUGUCCAUGAUGUUUAUGGGUUCGAUUUUGCACUUCUAAACAGACUUCUAUCAGAUUAUUCUAACUUUAUUUAAGUUUUUUUGUUUUUAUCAUUGGGCUACAUCUGAUCAAAUUAAAAUGAAAUUGAUUUUCUGUCCAGAACUACAUAGAAUGUGACUGCAAUGUGUAAUUUGCUAUUUGAAUAGCCACUGUUUCACACACAUCACUGACAGGUCGCCUUGUGUUCAUUUUGUUUAAGUCUUUGUCAAUGUACAACAGAGAUUAUUGUUUACACUACUACUCCUACAUAGUAAAAUAAAUAUGUAAUAACUGUUUACGUACUCUCAAUAGGUCACAUAUCUAACAAUUUGCAAAGUGUCUUGCCAUUUGCUAAAACCUCAUUAAACCUGGUGUGCUUCACAUUCUCUGAA